ACCGGCACCCAGCCUGCGUCACAGAGGUGCACGUCAGGCCGCCCUACACUCAGCAUGCGAGGGAUACUGGGACCACACAGAUCGACAUCCAGAAUACCAACCUGUAAAAGACAGCAGUUUACAGUACAUUAACGGUGAAAGUCCACUGCGGGCCAUUCAGCUGAGCAAAUGAGCACGGGAGACAGACGGCAGCAUUAGUUCUGAGAGAGCUCGCGGAGACAUGGACAAGUCAAACUUAAUUCUGAGCUCGUUCGUUCUCAUUGUGGUUCUGCUUCAAGACUCCUAUGGGCAGAUCUGCACAGCUCCUUUCAGUGUUAACUUCGCCGAGAACAACAAGAUAGAUGAUGUCGUAACAGAGAUAAAUGCCAACGAGGGAGUAACGCUCCGAUCCGACACCGAAGAGUUCAGGAUCCAAGGAAACCGACUGCUGGCUGCAGUAGUGUUCGAUUAUGAGACCAACAGAAGCCACCAGGCCAAGGUCACUUGUACCAAAACAGCUACAGGCGAAACGUUGUCCUUUACAAUCCUUGUAAUUGUGAACAAUUUGAACGACAACCCUCCGGUCUUUGAACGGACCACCUACAACCUAAAUGUUGACGAGAUGAUUCCCGUAGGAAACAGCGUGGGUCGUUUUGCCGCCACCGACCUUGACCAGCCCUCUCAGCUCUUCUACAACCUAAAGUCUGAAUCUGAUGCCUUUAAACUAAGGUCGCUUACUGAGCCUGACCUUCUGAUGAACACAUUACUGGACUACGAUAAAGUCCGAAAUAUAAGUUUAGUACUCUACGCUCAGGACACACCACCGACAGAUUCAGGGGGCGUAUCUUUCACCGCUACGGCCACCAUUGCAAUCACCGUCGUCGAUGUGGACAACAGACCUCCGUGGUUCCAGCCCUGCAACAAGCAUCAGCUGGGUGUGGCUCUAGUUUGCCAGGGUGACGGAUACAUAGGCAGAGUCACCUUAAAUGAAAAAGUGCCUGGGGUGUUUCCUCUGAAACCAGGGCCACUUCAUGCCAUUGAUGGCGACUCUGGGAUAAAUGAUGAGAUAAUGUACUCAUUUUUGAAAGGAACUGAUGAACUGUUUGAGAUCGAUGCAGUCACGGGGAAUAUCAGCAUGCUGAAGCCUGCCGGCAGUUUGCAGACAAUUAACCUGGAAGUGGUGGCUGCUCAGAAGAACAACAUGAACCAGUUUGCGAUCACCACGGUCACAGUCAGUGUUCACCUGGUGAGCCUCCACCCUCCGAUCUUUGACCAAGAGCUCUACAGAGGCGUCGUGUCUGCUGUAGGUUCCACGGCUGUGACGGAACAAGGACCACUGCGCUUCAGUGUUCGAGAUGAAGACUAUCCUGAGGGUGUCAAUCCUUACAUAAAAUAUUCCAUUAGUGGGAGCAGUGAUUUUAUCGUCAUUGAUGGCUACUUAUUCUUGAAUAAGUCUCUUCCACCCGGUGAAGUCUUAAUAUCUGUGGUGGCAACAGACACUAUAACUGAUGAAUUUGAUUCCGCUGAGGUUAUAGUUGAGGUAAAAUCAGUAGCUCAACCAUCAGGUAUCUAUGGGCCAGGUAGCAUGGUAGCACUUGGUGUAACCCUGGCUAUCCUGCUGUUAGUUUGUCUGGUUAUAAUUGGACUUCUUGUCAUGCGGACGAGGAAAUCGAAGGACGACUGGAAAAUGAUCUACAAAGUCAAUGAGUUCCGAAGCGCUCUCGGUCAAAGUUCUGAUGGGAAAAAAGAGGGCAUCCAAUACACCAAUAAGGUGUUUCAAAGCAACGAAGAUAAUCAAUCGAUGGACCGCACAUACACAAACUUGGAAACGGAAAAAGCAGACAGAAAGAUAGGGAAGGAGGUCCUCCUGAGGGAGGCUGCCGUCAAGCCUCCACCUGCAACGCCCCCCGUAGAUCCUGACUAUGUAAACCAGACUGACAUAGACAAGGCUGACAAUGAGAAGGAAGUGAAGUCCAUUCUGACCAGAGACAGAAGAAUGGAUGAAGGAUACAAGGCAGUUUGGUUCAAGGAGGACAUUGACCCCGAUGCUAAAGACGAAGUGGUGAUCAUCCCAGACAGCACAAAGGACGACAAUGCAAUUGAAACCACCGACAUAGAUCCAGACGAUACAGAUAUGGACAGUGGAGUUGGGGUAAAAAUGGAGGAUUCACCAGACAACCCAGAUGAUGAUGAACAAUUGACAUCUGAACUGUGAUGUGCCGAAACACCGCAGAACACGCCAAUGUUCUAAUGUCUAAAUAGCUACGAGUUGUCAAACAACACCUAAUAGAGAAAAAGACAAAAACAAGUACCGCCAAAAAUAAUCCGGAACAGCAUCAGACUGAAGGAAUAAAGUGUAACCGAGUGUAGUUUGUCUUAAUGAAUUAUCCAUGUAAAUUAAGCUAAUCAAAUAAAAUGAUAUUCCACA